AUGGACGAAGCUGCCGCUUUAAUAAACAAUUUCUUGAAUGCGCACGACUGUUCGAAUUCAAAAUCAAGUGGCGCACGUCAAAAGCGUCAAGUGUACCAUGAUAAAACUUACCCUGGCAAAAGAUGGUCAAAAGGGGUUAACUACUUCUUCGAUAACGGCAUAAGUGAAGAGGUGAAACGUGUAUUCACAAAAGCGGCAGAACAGUGGAUGGACAACACAUGCAUUAACUUCACGCUAAGCGAAUCUUGUAAAGAGCACAGCGAACGCUCGUUGAACCAUAGCGUUCUUGCAGGUGACAGCAUUCGUGUCGGAACAGCUGCCCAUGAGAUUGGUCAUGCCCUUGGUUUCUUCCACACGCAUUCAAGACAUGAUCGUGACAAGUAUAUCACACCUGACUGGCUUGACCAAUUCUUACUGGAGACGACUGAAACCAAUAACAAUUACGAUCUAACAUAUGACUACGGAAGCCUGAUGCACUACGGAACAACAAGUGCUACCCGCAACGAAAAACCUACUAUGGUACCUACUCCGGAUGCACGGUACGGAGAAACUCUGGGAUCUCCUUUCAUUUCCUUCUAUGAUUUGCUUAUGCUCAACAAGUACUACAAUUGCAUGUACGCAUGCAAAGGAACGAAAACGGUGUGUCAGAAUGAGGGAUUCCCUAAUCCUCGUCCGUUGCUCAGAAUGCAUAUGUCCCAAGCGGGUAUGCCGGACGAUUGUGGUAGAGAAGUGGAGGCGACGGACCAGUGGAAUAAACUUGUAGACAGUGUAGGCGAAAACACCAUUUUCACUGCGCGAGAAGACUUCAAGAAAUGCCAUUAUUGGAUCAAGAAUUCGAAACCUGGAAAAAAGAUAGAAGUCAAACUUGCUUAUUUCCCUGCUUCACUUGCCGUCGAUGGAUGCAAAUAUGCCGGCGUUGAAAUCAAAACAGACCCAGACAAGCGUCGCACCGGUUACAGGUACGCUGUUGCAUUCUGCUUCAAGGACGAUAUCACUACACUCAGGUCGACAUUGAACAUUGUCCCCGUAAUAACAUACAACAGACUCUACUUCACAGGAGACAGAGCUGCUUUACCACGCCGUCUAAUUACAUUUGCUGCUGAUGUUGUGAAUAUUGCUGCAGUGGAUUUCAAGAUCAGACCAGUUGCAGGUAAUUAUCGUCUAAAAGGAGAACACCUCAACUACUCAUUGGUAAUCGGAAAUUUGUGCCUAUUUUGUAAGUAA